AUGUCUCCUACGCAACCGGCACCAGCCCGAGUUACCUUUGAGCGGGCGGCAAAACGAAAAAUAAGCAACGCAGUAGAAGACUUGGAAGACAUGGUACAGGAAGCUGCCACGGUUGCAGAGGUUGUCGAUGAUCGGCUCCAAAUGGAAGAACUGUACACAAUUAUAGAGGGGGCGAGAGACGCCGUACACGACGCUACCACCGAGCCUGAAUAUCUCAUGACAACUGCUCUUCCUCUCAAGGUGUCUGAGUCUUCAAGCUCGCCUUCUCGCACCCACAACAUACUCCCGGUUGUCGUUGAUCGGACUAAUCUGGAUGAUAUCGCCCCCGACGUCCGUCUGCAUGCUGACCUGCCAAGAGCAUCGGUGUCUUAUGACUGGGCCUACUCGAAUCAGAAUGCGCGAAAAGAAAGCAGUCCUUCUACGUCGUCGUGUUCGUCCAGUGACCGCAAAAGCGAACGAGACCACCUCCAUGCCGAGCUGCUUCCGCCCAAGCUCGUUCAGCCAGCUCCAAGAGAACAUGUGGAUUUUGUCCUCCGUCCUGUCGGUCGAGAUGAGUCUCGUGGUCGCUCUCGCCGACGCCACCACGGUGAUUCCACACGACACCGACAUCGACGCCACCACAGCCCAGAGCUUGUGUGUCGACCCAAGCCCCGGCCCGAACCAAGAGAUUCAGGCUUCGGUGAAACCGAGUGCUCAUCCGACGAGGAUGAUGUACCAUCGAAACCAUAUGGCGGCGAACUCACUCCAAUUGCGAGAAACUGGUCUACGGGCAAGAAGCGUCUGACCGCCAGUAUUGCAUGUAUCAACACAGCUCUGCUUGGCAUCAUCGUCGGUAUCUACGCCGGUGAGGUACCUCGCAUCCAGUACUCUCUCGCGGACGAACGACAUAUCGUGAUCAUAGGCAAUGCAGUACUCUACGCUGGACUUGCUAUCUCGACCUUCUUCGCUUGGACACUACCUCUCUUACACGGACGAAAGCCCUAUAUUCUUGCUUCACUAGCAAUUGCCUUGCCACUUCAGUUUCCUCAAGCUAUUGUUGUAAGCGGCUAUCACAACAAGGAGGCAAGGUAUCGUGUCGGCCUUUUGCUAUCGCGUGGUGUAUCUGGUCUCGUCCUCGGCUUCGCAAACGUCAAUUACAUCACUGUACUGCUUGACCUCUUUGGGGCUUCGCUACAGUCCAAGAAUCCUCACCAAGAGUUCGUUGUCGCGAAUGAUGUCCGCCGCCAUGGUGGGGGUAUGGGUAUGUGGCUGGGUAUCUGGUCAUGGUGCUGGAUUGCUUCUAUUGCCGUCGGCUUUCAGAUUGGCGCUGCGAUCAUCGACCGUCUAUCGCCGCAGUGGGGAUUCUACAUCAUCGUCGUGAUUCUAGCUUUUGCCUUGGUCCUCAACAUCACGACUUCGGAAACGCGACGCGCACCCUUUCGGAAGUCUGUAACUGAGGUGUACGACAGAGACGAGAACUAUAUUACCAGGCGCGUGAGUCGGGGUGAGGUAAAGUUACAUAUCGAGACUGAGGGACCGAAGUAUUGGUUUGAAGAAGUGUGGGCGGGUAUCAAGCUCAUGACAAUGAUGCUCUGCCAACCUGGUUUCCUCGUCCUGGCACUCUACCUCGGAUGGAUCUACGCACAGGUAGUACUUGUGAUAGUCCUUCUCGGCGCUCUGUUGUCGCGAGACUACCGAUGGAAACCAACAAAGGUGGGCGCAGGCGUUAUAUCUAUAGCUAUUGGCGCCUUCCUUGCCAUCCCCUUGACGAAAGCCGGCAUCUUCUCUCGUGAGCGGAAAAGUGCGUUCCGCACCGACUCCAUGACCUUCCAGAAGCAAGUGACCUGGUCGAGCCAUCUUGUCCGCCGCGCCAUCUUCACGCUCACGCUUCCGCUGAUGGGCAUGGCGUACACUGUCUCGUCGGCUAGGUGCCCUCAACCAUGGCUUGUACCGAUCAUCUUCGCUGGCGCUGUGGGAUUCCUCAGUAUCCUCGCCAUAGCCGAAUGCCAUGGCCUGAUGAUGGAGACGUUCGAUACGUGUGACUUGCAACCUGGAGUCAAUACGCGACAUCGCUUGCAAAGCAUGGCUGUCCAAGAUCGCAGACGAAGGACGAACUACACCUCCUUUCCACGUGUUACUGCUGGCAUCUUUGCUAGCCAGAUCAUUGCUUUCGUCCUCGCCGCUGUCGCAACCAUGGUGGGCGGCAACAUGACGCGAAGUCUUGGCGCGCAAAAGUCCACGGGUGCUACGGCGGGCAUUCUCUUUGGCAUCACUGUUCUUCUGAUCCUGGUCCUCUGCCGCUUCAAAUCCGUACAAGUUAUACCCAACCAUACCUUCGGAACCCGUCGCGAUACGGCAGCCUGGCAGGAGUUCAAAGACCUAGAAAAGGUCGGCCGGGGCAGUGACUGGAAAGCUGUCGUUAUUGGAAACCCCAGUGGUAAGAUGAGAAGGAUGAGUGUGCUUGAGCUGGGCGCGUUGAGUCGCUGGACCGAGAUCAGAAAGUUAAACUUUCUGAUCAAAGGUGAGAUGUUGGGACAGCCCAAGGAGAAGAAGAGUAGUUUCGAUGGUAGUUGGUGA